AUGGAGUGUAGCCGCGUCGCCGUCGCCGGGGCCGCCCCGCGCGCGCGGGCGCCGGUGGGCGCAGGCCGACACAGGUGCGGCCAAUCACCGCGCUACAGCGCUCGAUCAACAAUCAGCUCCUUAUCUCCUCUCGUGUGUGCGGUAAUUAUUUAUUGUAACGCAAUAGGAAGCGCGGGUGGCGUGUGUGAGUGCAUUUUUUUAUCAGCGGUGAACGGACGCGAGUGCCCGUGCGCCGGCCGCCGCGAUAGUGACGCGUGUAGGUGUCGCGUCCGCUCCCGGCUCCACCUCGGUACUAUAGGUGCAGUUGAUAAGCUGCGC